AUCUUGGGCAAUUCACUCUUCAGCUUCACGAUAACGCACUGCUUGCGUAUAUAAAUCACACUACUAAUCCUAAGAACUUCAAUCCCAAUUAAAUAAAUAAUCACACAACGCCUCCAUUAAAUUAUUUAAAUUGUUCGUACAUAUUUAUUUUGGAGAAAUUAAGUAAAAUCAUGGCUUACGGUGGAUCUGAAUUCGCCACCCGGGUUUUGGAGCGUUACAAAUCCACCUUUUAUCUUGAAACACAUCUGAAGAAUGAGGAAACUUAUUCGGCCCAAGAAUUAUACAACUUUUCGCAUACCGGGCUCGGGACCGAUUUCGUCUUCAUUUUCAAUGCCGAAUUCAACAAUAAAAAAUACUGGGUUUACGUGAAAGAAUCCGUCGUCGCGGCCGGGUCGUUGGUUCUGGGCGCAAUUAUGAGGAGGCGAAGAGACCCGAAAAUUCCAGGGCAGCAGGUGGAUGAUUAUUACGCCAUGUUGGAUCACACGACGGGAUACCCGGGCCUGGAUAUUUCCCAGUUUAGGAGGAUGAUUGAGUACUUAUACACCGGAAAAGUUGAAGGCCUUGCGGAGGACGACAGCCAUGAAGAUAUUUAUAAACUUGGCGCAAUGGCGGGUUUAUUUUCCGUGCACAAACUCCACUUAUUUUGCCAAUACAAAUUGCGAAAGAUGAGCAAUGUCAUACCGGAAGUUGAGGCCAAAUCGGGUAACAGCAUCAGUACCACGGAGAUUGUCCGAGCCCCCGAUUCGGGAAAGGGUGUAGGGUGGAAGACGAAAUUGAAGCAGGAAAUUCUUGCCCAAGUCAAACAGGAAGUCGUUGAGCAAGUCAGGGAUGAAAUGCUGGCCGAAAUACGGACUGAAUUUGAAACUAUGAGUGUUUCCGAGAAUUGACAUGAUUUUGUAACAAACAAAUUUACCAAUUUGUUAUAAAGAUUAUGAUUUUUUAUGGUAUCAAUUACUAUUAAAUGAGAUGUAACUACGAUGUGGUAAGUGUGAAAUAAAAUAACGGGACGAUUUCCAUUUUCUAAUUUUCCUAGUGCGACCCCCUUUUAAAAAAAGUCGACACCACUGGCAUUAUAUAAGUUAAGGUACCUGUAAAAAUCUAAUAAAUUGCAUUGUUUUCUAAGGCUAAA